UUCAGUGAAAGUCGUUCCCGCACACAAACCAACACUCUCUCUCUCGCAAAGCCAAGCCUCUUUUCAGGCCUCUAUACACAAAAGUACCCAUAAAGGAAGGAAGACCAAAUCGAAUUCUCAUCUCUUCGAUUCCAUUUUGAGUUUGAGUUCCUAUCAAAUUCUCAAUCACAUCAGGUUCUAAUUCUCGCUGUUUCCAUAUUUUUUUCCCAUCACUAUGCGUAUCCACUGAUCACUUCAUGCUGUUUGAUUAUUCAUUUGUGAGCUCAGUUAUACGCUUUGCUCUAAUGGGGGAUAGCUGGUAGCAGCGAAUGAUGCGUCAAGUGAGUAUAAUUUUAGAUGGAUAUUGGAAAUAAAAUACAAGGAUAAUGGGAGGUUGCUGCUGUUGUUGUUCCUCCAACGGAGCUGAACUAAAUACUGCACCAGCUUAUUAUUAUUACCCCAGAGCAUCAGAAGAGCAUCUUCCGGUAUCAUCUCGUCAUGGUGCCGUGUCUGUCCUCUCCACUGGACUCUUGGUUGAUACAAACCUUGACACUUCAGUCCCUGAUGCUUACAGGCCACCUCCUCCACCUAUCCCAUUUGAUAUGGUCCUAGGACAUGCUGAAACUCCACGAGGGGCUCAAGCAACUUCCAAUGAUAAAGAUGAUGGAGCAGUGCAAACAACAAAUUCUGAUUCUGUUCAAGCAACUACUGGCAUAAAUACUCGAGAAAUUUCAGCCAAGUGUGAAGAUAAGGAGCUGGACUGUAAAGCACAAAUUGAUUUAGAGCUUGAUUCAGCAAAGGAGCUAGAACUUGAUCUCCCAAAGUCAAUUGAACCUCUUAUUUCAGGAACAGAGGAGGAGGAUGUUUGUCCCACCUGUCUGGAAGAGUACGAUGCAGAGAAUCCAAAAAUUACCACAAAAUGUGAGCACCACUUUCACCUUGCAUGCAUUCUUGAAUGGAUGGAAAGAAGUGAUACCUGUCCUGUUUGCGAUAAGGAAAUGAUAAUUGAACCUCCUAUCCAUUAGUAGUUUUGCCGAAAUUUCAAUCAUGGUCAAUUCCUUUGCUGUUUGAAUUAAAUUUGGGAAGCAAGAUUUACACCCAAAAGUUUUUUGUUCUUUUGAAUCCGUUGUUCAGUGGUUGCCACAGAUUUGGCUGCAACUUAUUUUUACUUUUUGAAGAGUUGGUGCUCUUUUCAGUGCAUUUGCGUAUUGUCCUUGUGCUUUAGUCCUGCAAACAUAUAAAAUUAUAAAAGAAAUGAAAAAAAAAGAAGAGGAACAGGAAGAAACAAAAAGAAAAAGAAAAAGAACAUAGGUGGAUGCUUGCCCUAUACAAUUCGUGAUGUCCAUUACUUCUGAAGCUUAUGUCAAAUUACUGCAACGAUGUAAUGCCCCUAAAUUUGCACAAUGCUGGCUGCUAGUCAUAUUACUUUGCCAAAGAUAUUGUUAUUGCCUGAAGGAAGAAGUCAGUUGGUGGGUCUCCUAGUAUAGAUUUUCUGCAAUUUGCAAACUGAAAUACUGUCUACAGAUGCAUUUUUUUUUUCCACAUUUAAGUCGGUUAUGUAAAUGGCAUAUGGGCAGUUGUUCAUGUCUUCAUUUUGUCUGCUUGUGAGCUUACUUAUGGUGGAGGAUUUGAUCAGUGUAAGAAAAGCUGGAAUAGUCUUUUGUUUUCAAGACGAUUCAUGUAAAUAAUACUCAUCUGAUUUUUUUUUUCUUUUACAUGAAGGCUUGGUUUUUGUUGA